CCUAGCUAAGGCCGGGGAGCGCGUGGGGGUCCUAGAGUGGCCACUUCCGGCGAGACCUACCUGUGAGUCUGGAGGCUCGUGGGAUUCCUAGAGUGGCCACUUCCGGCGAGGCCUAGCUCUGGUCUUGGAAGGGAGAGAACAAAGGGCCUCGACUGUGUCCCCGGCCCGGCCUGCGGGCGCUGCAUGCGUCUUCUCCUCCCCGGGGUGCUCCUCUUGCGUACAACCCGCAUCAUCCUCCGGAGCCAGCGGCCUGGGCCUCCACUCGGACUCGCCUUCCCUCCCCUCGCGCACCGUGGCCGGGCCCUAUUCCGGGCGCCCGGGAUGGCGGAGCAGCGCUACUGCGUGGACUACGCCAAGCGCGGCACGGCCAGCUGCAAGAAGUGCAAGGAGAAGCUGGCCAAGGGGGCCGUGCGCAUCGGGAAGGUGGUGCCCAACCCCUUCUCGGACUCGGGCGGGGACAUGAAGGAGUGGUACCACGUCAAGUGCGCCUUCGAGAAGCUCCAGCGCGCCCGGGCCACCACCAAGCGCAUCGAGGACCUCACCGACCUGGAGGGGUGGGAGGAGCUGCAGGAGGCCGAGAAGGAGGACAUCAACCGGCACAUCGCGGAGCUGAGCUCGAAAUCGGCCCUGACCCCCAAGAAGAAGGCAGUGGUCCAGGCCAAGAUCUCCCCCGGCGGACAGGUCACCUCCCCGAAGAAGGCCCCCGGCCCCUCCCCCGACCCCCCCAAGAAGUUCUCCGGAUUUACAGCCAAGCCGGGCCCUGCUGAGUCCUGCCCGGGGGCGAAGGGGACGCUCUCGUCGCAGCGCAGCGACCCGCGGCACAAGGACUGCCUCCUGAGAGAGUUCCGGAAGCUGUGCGCGGCCGUGGCUGAGAAGCCCGGCUACAACGUCAAGACCCAGAUCGUGCAGGACUUCCUGCAGAAGGGCUCCACCGGAGAGGGCUUCCGGGGGGACCUCUACCUGACGGUCAAGCUGCUCCUCCCGGGCGUGGUCAAGAGCGUCUACAACCUCAACGACAAGCAGAUCGUCAAGCUCUUCAGCCGCAUCUUCGCCUGCAGCCAGGAGGACAUGGCCCGAGACCUGGAGCAGGGCGACGUCUCGGAGACGGUGCGGCUCUUCUUCGAGCGCAGCCGGUCCUUCCCGCCGGCCGCCAAAAGCCUGCUGACCAUCCAGGAAGUGGACGCCGCCCUGACCCGCCUGGCCAGCCUCACCAAGGAAGAUGACCAGCAGGCCCUGCUCCAGGAACUCGCCAGCAGGUGCACGGCCAACGACUUGAAGUGUGUCAUCCGUCUCAUCAAGCACGACUUGAAGAUGAACGCCGGGGCCAAACACAUCCUGGAGGCCCUGGACCCCAACGCGUUUGAGGCCUUCAAGGCGUCCCGUGACCUUUCGGAUGUGGUGGAGCGUGUUCUGCGCAACCAGGCGGAGGCCCAGGCGGCCCCGGGGACCCACCGGGCCCUCAGCGUCCAGGCCGCCCUCAUGACCCCCGUCCAGCCCAUGCUGGCCGAGGCCUGCAAGUCCAUUGCGCAGGCCAUGAAGAAGUGCCCCAACGGGAUGCUGGCCGAGAUCAAGUACGACGGGGAGCGGGUCCAGGUCCACAAGCAGGGAGAGCGCUUCCGGUACUUCAGCCGCAGCCUCAAGCCCGUCCUCCCGCACAAGGUGGCGCACUUUGAGGAGUUCAUCCCGCGGGCCUUCCCGGGCGGGCACAGCAUGAUCCUGGACUCGGAGGUCCUGCUCAUCGACACCCGGACCGGGAAGCCCCUCCCCUUCGGCACCCUCGGCGUACACAAGAAAGCCGCCUUUCAAGACGCCAACGUCUGCCUCUUCGUCUUCGACUGCAUCUUCUUCAACGAUGUCAGCUUGAUGGACAGGCCUUUGCAGGAGCGGCGCAAGUUCCUCCACGACAACAUGGUCGAGAUCCCCAACCGGAUCCUCUUCUCCGAGAUGAAGCAUGUCACGAAAGCCUCUGAUUUGGCCGACAUGAUCAACCGGGUCAUCCGGGAAGGUCUGGAGGGUCUGGUGCUGAAAGACCUGAAGAGCACGUAUGAGCCGGGGAAGCGCCACUGGCUGAAGGUGAAGAAGGACUACCUGAACGAGGGUGCCAUGGCCGACACCGCCGACCUGGUGGUCCUGGGGGCCUUCUACGGGCAGGGCAGCAAAGGUGGGAUGAUGUCCAUCUUCCUGAUGGGCUGCUUCGACCCCGAGAGCCAGCGCUGGUGCACAGUCACCAAGUGUGCCGGUGGUCACGACGACGCCACCCUCGCCCGCCUCCAGAAGGAGCUCCACAUGGUCAAGAUCAGCAAGGACCCGAGUAAGAUCCCCAGCUGGCUCAAGAUCAACAAGAAUUACUACCCCGACUUCAUUGUCCCGGACCCAAAGGCGGCCCCGGUCUGGGAGAUCACGGGGGCCGAGUUCUCCAAGGCGGAGGCCCACACGGCCGACGGGAUCUCCAUCCGCUUCCCCCGCUGCACCCGCAUCCGCGACGACAAGGACUGGACCACCGCCACCUCCCUCCCACAGCUGCGGGAGCUCUACCACGUCUCCAAGACCAAGUCGGACUUCACGGUGACGGCGGGGGAAGAGGACGACCCCCCGUCCGCGGCCGGGAGCAGCGGCGGGGAGAACGAGGGGCCCGGGAAAGCGCCCCCCGCCCCGCCCCGCAAGGCCCCCAAGACCCCCGCCCCCCUCAAGGUGCCCGCCAAGGCCAAGAAAGCCCCCAAGACCCCCGAGAAGGGCCCCCCGCCCAAGGAGGAGAAGAAGCGGGGAGAGAAGAGGAAGGCCUCCCAGGUGGACGGAGAAGAGAAGAAGGGGGGUCCGGUCCCGCUGCUGGACGUCUUCUCGGGGGUGCGGCUCUUCCUCCCUCCGUCGGUGGAGGACUUCCGCCACAUCCGCCGCUACUUCGUGGCCUACGACGGGGACCUGGUGCGGGAGUUCGACCGGGACUCCGCCACUCACGUCAUGAUUGGCGGGGGCCGGGAGGAGGAGGAGGAGGGCGAAGGCGAGGAGGGCUCGGCCGCGAGGCGCGUCUCCCCGGCCUGGCUCUGGGAGUGCAUCCGGAAGAGGCGGGUCGUGGCCCCGCGGUAGGGGUCACGGAGGGGGCGGGGUCGGCGCGACCAACACCCCGAAGCCCCAGUCCCCGAGUACGGAAGGAACGAAAUCUGCAGAGCAAAUCAUCAACAUGUGCAUAUAAAACCAUCGAAAUCCA